UCUCUUCGAAGCAAUCUGAAAGCUUGCUGACAAAAAAUGAUGUGCAUGAAUGUCACCCUCUCCAUAACCCCAAAGAAAAAGACAAUUUGUGGAAUAUGAGUAAAUUCAGCCUCAUGUGACAGAAAACCUUUGAUUUUGUUUUUAACUUUAUAGGACUAGGCAACAAUAUUUUUUGUGGGUUUGUAGCUUUAUGGUAUCUCAUUAUAUAAGAAAAACUUUUAAGUUCUUGUUUGAUUUGCUGCUUUAUACAAUUGGAAACUUUGCUUUCCACCUGUGAAUUCAGGGACCUAGUUGAUUUAUUCCUCAUUAUAUACAAUUUGUUGGGAAAAUAUGUGUUUUUUCAUUCAGCAAUAGAAGCCCCUUCAAUGGCGCGAUCACAGUUGACUGCAGCCUCAACCUCCGAGGCUCAUGAGAUCCUCCCGUCUCAGCCUUCGGGGUAGCUGGGACUACAGAUGUGAGCCACCGAACCGGGCCUCUUUUUGAAUCAAUAGAAUUUUGGUGUGCUUCUUUCUAAAGUGUAAAUCUAAUUACAGUUAUUGGAUGGGAAUUGAGAUGAAAGCCUCAGUACCAUUCUGAUUCACUAAUGUACUAAAUCUGUGGGCCAGUACAUCCAAAUAGUGCCACUAUUACUACUGACGGCUCGGUUACGGUAGUUCCAACUUAGAAAUCUACUGGAAAGUAUGAAAUGAUGGUGCAUAUACAAGAGUGCAGUUUCUUUGGAGACAUUUUUAAUUUGAUAUUCCAUUUGACCCCAAAGAAGGUAAGAAAUAUCCUGUUCUUGGCUUGAGCCUGAGAGUUGGAGGCUGUGGUGAGUCGAGUUGGCACCACCGCACUCCAGCCUGGGCGACAGAGACCCUGUUUCAAACACACACAAAAAAACAGAAAAUGUCCUAUCUAUUAUGUGAAUUUCUGGCAUUGUUUCCAGUGUGUCCUAAUUAUGUUGCUAGAAAGUACUCAGAUUUCACCUACGAAAACGACGGGUCCAGGACCUACAGAAACCGCCGCGGGUUGGGGCGGCCGGGGGCCCACGGCUUCCUGCCUUGGGGCGCAGCGCCCGCUUUCUAAAGAAGCCUGGGAUCGGAUCCCGCCCCGCUGCAAGUCACGCUUCCCGUGCGUCCACAAGCACACUACCAGAAAAGAACGUUAUGUCCAAAUAAAGAACGAUGGCCCCCGCGGGGGCAGCGGAGGCGGCAAGUAGGGUCCGCCUCGGCGAGGAGCGCCCGCGAUCCCAGGGCUGUCUGCUCCGGGAACUUCUUAAAGAAUUACAGGCCGGGCGCGGUGGCUCAAGCCUGUAAUCCCAGCACUUUGGGAGGCCGAGGCGGGUGGAUCACGAGGUCAAGAGAUCGAGACCAUCCUGAUCAACAUGGUGAAACCCCGUCUCUACUAAAAAUACAAAAAAUUAGCUGGGCAUGGUGGCGCGUGCCUGUAAUCCCAGCUACUCAGGAGGCUGAGGCAGGAGAAUUGCCUGAGCCCAGGAGGCGGAGGUUGCGGUGAGCCGAGAUCACGCCAUUGCACUCCAGCCUGGGUAACAAGAGCGAAACUCCGUCUCAAAAAAAGAAAAGAAUUACAGACACCGGGAGCAUUCGGGGUCUGGAAGAAAGUGCGGUAUCUCCCCGCUUUAGGGUAACUAGGCCAGUUUGACUCUUUUACCUUGUGGCAGGAUAAACGGCUAGCGCCUCGAAGUGGCACGCUCGACUUUUUUUCACAAAGCCUAAAAGUCACGCUCAACCAAAUGGCAGCGUUCCCGCCUCAGGGGACGCCGGCCUGGAAUCAGACUGGACCGAGGAGGUAGGACCUGGGCAGCGCGAGGCCAACCACAGGCCUCACCCGCGGCCUCGAGCCCUGCCCAAGCGCAGCCGGCAGCCGACACCAGACACCCGGGACUCUCAGCACGCCGCCCUCAGCGAGGCGCCUCAGGGAAAGCAGCUUGAGGCGGGGAGCCGAUGGGAGGAGCCAGAAGGACGCCCCGCCCCCUAAGCCCGCCCCGCCGGGCGGUUUGAUUAAUGACCCUCUAAGCCGCCUCAACCCCCGGCGGCGUAUUCCUUUGGGUGGGCCCGGUCCUCCCCGCCUGAUCUGCCCUAGGAGCCCGGAGCACACAGGCCUGGCCGCGGGGUGCCAGCAUAAAAGGCGCCAAGCGGGGAUUGGAAGCAGCCGUCGACUUGGGCUUCGGCCGUACGAGGAUAGAGUGACCGGCGCGGCCCUGGCCACGCAGACCCUGCCCGACGCCCUUCGCUCGCUCGCACUGCGGAGCCGAGCCCCACUCGGCCGCUCCCGGAAAGCGCGCGCGGCGGGGGAAGCAGCCAUGGACCGCGACCGCCCUGCGGGCAGCCCUGUCAGCGCCAGCGCCGAGCCUGCGUCCCUGCCCGCCGCCACCCGUGACUCGAGCCCAGGGCGGACCGGGCCGGGGCCGACGGGCCCCGGGGGCGGCGCGCGUUCUGGGGGCGGAAGGCCGGCGGCGGCGAACGCGGCGCGGGAGCGCAGCCGGGUACAGACCCUGCGGCACGCCUUCCUGGAGCUGCAGCGCACGCUGCCGUCCGUGCCACCCGACACCAAGCUGUCCAAGCUGGACGUGCUGUUGCUGGCCACCACCUACAUCGCGCACCUCACCCGCAGCCUGCAGGACGACGCGGAGGCACCGGCGGACCCCGGGUUGGGCACCCUGCGUGGCGAUGGCUACCUGCACCCAGUCAAGAAAUGGCCCAUGCGAUCAAGAUUAUACAUCGGUGCUACUGGUCAAUUUCUGAAGCAUUCUGUUUCUGGAGAAAAAGCAAAUGACAACACUCCAACAGACUCACAGCCUUAGGCUCUUCCCUGGUGGGGGCUGGUAGAAGUGGUGGCUAUUGUUUUUAAAUACUAUGACAUAAUUCUAUAUUUAUUAUAUGAGACAUAACAAGCAAAAUUUCUGAAAGUUUACAUGUGAACCCAUAGUUAGAUGUUCAGAUUUAUCUCUCUAAACAUGGAAUAAACAGCUUAUCUGUUCAGUGUGAGUCACUGCUAUAUAGUGUAAGAGAAACUAUUAGAAAAAAAUCACAUGAAAGCAAACAAUUGUGUAUAUAUCUAAAGAAUGCACACAUUUCUGUAGUAUCUGUUACAAACAGAAAAGUUCAUAUAUACUGAUGCAGUCUUACUAGUUUAAAAAGAUAAAAUCUGUGUUUGUAAUAUACCAGUAUUCCAUUUUUCUACAAACCAUACCAUGCUUAAGUUGGUCUAAGAAGCCAUUUCAGUUGAAGAAAACUGUUGCAGUAAUAUGAAGAUGCAGUAACUUCUAUAAGUAGUUACUUUUUCCCUCUUAGAAAACUUGUUUGGUGUAUUAGAAAUGGUUUUCUCAGAGGACAGGGCUUGGCCACCUUCCUAGACGAUUAUUCUGUAUCUUACUGUGUUUGCAAUUUGUUGAAGGUUCUGGGAAUCUCUGCAGUCCAGUGUGAACAGGAGACCAGGUGUGAGUGAGCAGCCAAGUUUAUCACCUUCCCUGGUCACUGCAUAGCCAACCCACCCUCUUUCAUCUGGGCUAGAUGAGCUGUAGCCACCCUGGAGAGAGUGGCAAGUUCAGGCCUGAUGGGGGCCUCAAGUGUGCCCUCAUGACCCUCCUCAUAAUCAGUGUUGUGGUCUGGCUCCUUCUCCCCUUGUCAGUUGCUGUUCACAAGCUACCUGCUUGGCCAUUGUGAAAUGAGAGAAAUCCAGUCUGAUUUGGGAGUUCUGGCAAUGAUCUGCACCUUGAGAGGGUGUGGGAUACAGAGUGACCAUCCUGAGAUAAAUUCAGGCUGGAGCAGACCCCCCCGAAUCUGCCCCAGUGAGAACCUCCAUGGGCCUCUCUCUAUAUACCACAUGACAUUAAGUACCUGGGGAGCAGCUAGCUGGUUUGACUGAACCAGUGGCUUCAGUUUUCAGCAGGAGCUAGGGAUCAGAACCAUGAAGUAGAGAUGUUUGUGGGAAAGAUACGGAAUCCCAAAACAAUGGGAUGCAAUAAAGACAUCAGAAAAUAAAUAAAUAUCAGUCAUGGAUUUUGCUGACUUACAUUCCCUUGUAUCUCCCUUUCUUGCUUUUCUCAGUCAUUAGUAUUCCCCUUUCCAAUGUGAAAUUUAUUUACUUCCCAAUAACCCACAGCUUUAAAGUUGCUGAGCUUAACCCAAGAUUAGCAAAUAUAAAAGGUGUAUUAAUGGACUUAGUUGAACUAACAGAGCAAUUGAACCACCAUUUUAUUUUGUUUUCAUCUCCGUUUUCUUCCAACUUUUGGCAGUGAAGUGAAGUAAAAGAUCAUUUGAAGGCAAAAACUAGCAUUCAGUUGAUUCAGGUGAACAUGACAUGUUUUAGUCAUAUCUGAUAGUUUAUAUGUUUUAUUGGUGUGUGUGUGUGUGUGUGUGUGUGUGUGUGUGUGUAACACAGGGCCUCACUCUGUUUCCUGGGCUGGAGUGUAGUAGCAUGAUCAUAGCUCACUACAGCCUUGACCUCUCAAGCUCAAGCAGGUCUCGUGCCUCAGUCUCCCAAGUAGCUGGGACUAUAGGUGCAUGCCACCACACCUGGCUAAUUAUUUUAUUUUUUGUAGAGAUGAGAACUCACUGUGUUGCCUAGGCUAGUCUUGGAACUCCUGGCUCAAAAAAAAUUUGGCCACCUAAAGUGUUGGAAUUAUAGGCGUGAGCCACCAUGCCUGGCCCAGUUUUAUGUGAAUAUAAUCUUAAUGUGACCAAAGCAUAUCUUUUUGAAAGAAAGAUAUAUAAUAAAAGUUCUCUACAUAUUAAUAUGUAGAAAAGUACUUGCAUAUUUAAAUAUUUGUAAAUAUAUUUACCUACUCAUAUAAUAUGUAAAGAAAUAAAAAGUAAAAUGAGAUUUGGAUUCAACCAUUCACUAUUAUAAGUUACUGACAUAAGAAGUGCUAAAAAAGAAUCUUUAUCCUAAGGAAUAAAAUCAAAGCUUCUUUAAAGUUACCUCAAGCUGAAUUGUAAACACUAAAUUUAACAGCAAGAAUUUCAUAUUAAUUAUUUUCUUGCUAAUCUUAAGAUUUAUUCAUUUAGCUAGUUUUUAAAGUAUUUAAUUGGGGGAAAAAACUGUUAAAAAAAACAACUGUGUUGAAAAAACAGAUGACUUUUAAGUCAUCCUGUUAAAUAGUAGAACUUUGCCUUUGAUGGUAUUACUUUUAAAUCUUCUCAUCCAGUUAGUUUUAAUGUCAAAGAAGUGUAUUUGUUGUAGAUGCUCAUAAAAUUUUAUUAAAUUGCUAGAUAUGAUGAUAGGUUUCAGUAGGUUUGAAAAUUACAGAGAGAAGAAAUUGCAUAUUUUCACUCAAAAGUUCAAAGGAGCAUCCUGUUGUAACCAUGCUGUCUUUUUUUUUUUUUUUUUUUUUGAGACAGAGUCUCACUCUGUUUCCCAGGCUGGAGUGCAGUGGUGCAAUCUCUGCUCACUGUAACCUCCACCUCUUGGGUUCAAGCUAUUCUCAUGCCUCAGCCUCCUGAUUAAGUGGGACUACAGGCAUGCACCACUAUGCCCACCUAACUUUUGUAUUUUUUAGUAGGAGACAGGCUUUUACCAUGUUGGCCAGGCUGGUCUCGAACUCCUGACCUCAAGUGAUCUGCCUGCCUUGGCCUCCCAAAGUGCUGGGAUUAUAGGCGCGAGCCACAGUGCCCAGCCUCUGUUUUGUUUUUUGAGAUGGAGUCUCACUCUGCUGCCCAGGCGGGAGUGCAGUGGCAAGAUCUCAGCUUACUGCAACCUCCGCCUCCCAGGUUCAAGUGAUUCUCCUGCCUCAGUCUCCUGAGUAGCUGGGAUCACAAGGGUGCACCACCAUGCCCAGUUAAUUUUUGUAUUUUUGGUAGAGAUGGGUUUUGCCAUGUUAGCCAGACUGUUCUGGAACUCUUGGCCUCAAGUGAUCCAUCCACCUCAGCCUCCCAAAGAGCUGGGAUUACAGGCAUGAGCCACCACUGAGGAAAUACUCUAAUACACACAAAACAUCUCUUUACAGUGGCCAACUUAGAAAAGAACACAUGAUUUAUAUUAUCACGUUAUCAUGACAUGAUAAGACAAGUGGCUUGUUGGCUCUGUAUAUAAUUGUAUUAUUAGCUGUCAGGGAGAAGAAACCACAAAUCGAACAGACUGCUUCUGAUCUCAAUUUAUAUAUUAAAUAUUUUGAGAGAUGGCUUAGUCUAAAUGCUCUUUUCUUACUGUGUGUGGGUGAUUGUAAAUCAUAUCAAUUGUGUAUUUUAUUUGAAAAGCUAUGAACUUUGAUUCAUCUCACACUAGCAGAUUCUGUCUUAACUUGAUGAUAAAUUAAUGAGUUGUUUUAAAUUAUUGCUGGUGGCCAGGCAAGAGGUGGCUUAUCCCUAUAAUCUCAGCACUUUGGGAAGCCAAGGUGAGUAGAUCACUUGAGCCCUGGAGUUCAAGACCAGCCUGAGCAACAUGGUGAAACCCCUUUCUUCUCUACUAAAAAUACAAAAUAUUAGCGGGAUUUGCUGUGUAUGCCUGUAGUCCCAGCUACUUAGGAGGCUGAGAUGGGAGGAUCACCUGGGCCUGGGAGGUUGAGGCUGCAGUGAACCGUGAUGAUGCCACUGCACUCCAGACUAUUAUUGCUAGAGGAUGUGAUUGAUAUCUAAUUUCCCAAAUGAUGUAAGACACAGUAUAGUAUUGCUGUGUUUCUCUGAUACAUGCACUUUUGAAUUUUUUUAUUAUUUUUUGUUAUUGUCAUUUUAAAAGAACUCAAAAGCUAAGACUGUAAAAUUUUAAAAGCACUAGGAAAAUACUGUAAAGUUGUGUGUCUCAAAGAUAAUAUGUACUUUUGUUAUGUAAUGGCAGCUGGUGGUCUUAUAUGCAGCUGUUGGACUGAAAAAUAAAUGUCCCUUAAAUCCUGUGGAUUUGCUGCCUGUAGACUCUGAUCACCGCACAGAUGGCACUACAGCACAGUUGGGAAUGAGGGGCAUUAAGUAUUCCUACCUAACUACAUAAACCUGGAGAAGGUUUCCCUUCUUAUGUUUAUACAAGUCUUAAAUUUCAACUCAUAAGACAAACCAGCUCAGUGAAA